AUGGUACCUCCAGGAAAUCAUUCACCAGUGGAGUUCAGAGAGCUUCUUGGUUUUGAAACCCACCAAGGACUGGCAGAAUGUAACAGCAAGGAGAGCGGCUACUGCCUGGGAGAAUUUUCCUGCCCCCAUUUUUCCCCCCUAAUCUCUGACUAUCAUGUACUGAGUCAGGUAGACAAGCCAGUGCUGGUUAUUCAAGUCCUGGACACUGUCAAAUGGUUCAAUAUUCGGAAUGGUUAUAGAUUUAUCAACAGAAAAGACACCAAAGAAGACAUCUUUGUUCACUGGACAGCUAUUAAGAGAAACAAUCUCAGGAAGUUUCUGUGUAGUGUUAGUGAUGGGGAGUUUGUGGAUUUUGAUGUCGUGAAAGGAGAGACGGGUCCAAAAGCUGCUAAUGUAUCUGGACCUGGUCGAAUGCCAGAGAAAGAUAGACAAUAUGCUCCCAAUGAACAUAGAUUCUGUCGAUUCAUCCCCCAGCCUCACACAGCUGGCCCACCACCGAUGGUGGCAGAGGCUCCCUCAGGUGAGACAGAAGUAAACAGUGAAGGGGAAAAAGUUGAAGACUCUGGGCACCAUCCCAAACUUCUCUGGCCUCCCUAA